AUGUGGAAACCAUUGUUCUUGCGCAUUGUGGAGGGGGUGGAGGCACAUGAUGACUACUUCAAGCUGAAGAGAGAUUGCUGCGGCCAACUUUGUUUCUCUGCGAAGCAGAAGUGCAAGACUCCUCUGAGGAUACUCGCACUUGGUACUGCCGCUGAUGCCGUUGGUGAGAUGGUCAGGAUGGGGGAGAGCACAUACCUAAGGACUACUGUCAAGUUUGCCCGCGCCAUGGUGCAGGUGUUUGGAGCAGAGUAUCUGAGAGAAUCAAAUGCGCAGUACACGGAAAGGUUGUUGGCUAUUGGAGAGGCCAGAGGGUUUCCAGGAAUGCUUGGAUCAAUUGAUUGCAUGCAUUGGCAAUGGAAGAACUACCCAAAGGUUUGCGGGAAUGUAUCAAGGAGGCUUUGCAAUGGGGAAUCUCCGCCAUGCAACUACACUGACAAUGGCUGUGAGUACAACAUGAGAUACUAUCUUGCUGACGGCAUCUAUCCUCAGUGGGCGGCGUUUGUGAAGACCAUAUCUGAACCACAGGGCAACAAACAAAGCCACUUUGCAACAGUGCAGGAAGCAGCUAGGAAGAAUGUGGAGAGGGCAUUCGGAGUGCUUCAAGCUCGUUGA